GAGCGCAAAAAAAAAAAAAAAAAAAACGUCGUAGUUGUGCGUUAAAACAAUAAACGCGAGCAAAGCGCGCGCGUGUUUGCAUGUGUGUGUGUGUGUGUGUGUGUGCGCGUGCGUGUGUGUAAGUGAGCAAACAACAACAAUAACUUAUAGAAGAAGAAGCAGCAGCAGCAGCACAAAAAUCUUUUGCGCGCGGCCAUUAACAAAUUCCCAACUGGCGCGAACAACAACAACAACAGCAGCAGCGCUCAAAACUGAAAUUAGAAAUCAAUUUUCGUAUUAAAAAAGAAACAAGCAGAACGCAAAAUAAAAUCUGGUUUUAUCAGUCGCCAUACAACAAAAUAAAAAAUAAAUAAAAAAAAAACGGCUGACAAGUUUUUAGCGCGUACGCGGUAAAGAAGAAGACGCAGUAAAAAAGAACCAAAAACAACAACAACAACAACAAGAAAAGCCACAUACGAGCGAGCUCAGAACAAACAAAACAACAAAACGAAAAGCUUGACAGCAGCUGGGCGCUAACAAGUCGUAAAGCAACAACAAGAAAGAAAAAAAAGCGCCAAAAAAUAGAUGUAUAUAUGCACGUGCAUAUAGUAUAUAUAUAUAUAUAUUUAGCCAUAACAGAGCCAACAUAAUUUAAUGCACAUCUAAAACAUACUUGUUUUAAUUAAGUAACAACAAAACCCAACGACAACGCGAAAUUAUUCAACUUUUGUUUUUGCACAGCCAGUCCGGCCAAUUAGAGGAGUUGCCAGUUAGUUGGCAAAGAGAGCGAGAGCGCGAGAGAGCGCCAAAUAUAAAAGAGGAGGAAGAAGAAGUGCGAGGAAGAGCGUGCGAGCAGCUCGCUUGAGCGCGAGCGAGAACAACUGAUUUUUUGUUGUCAUAGCGCGCGCUUGACAAACUGAUUAGGAUACGCACACAGAGGACUGCAGCCAUGGCCAAUCCGCGCAAGUUCAGCGAGAAGAUUGCGCUGCAGAAGCAGAAGCAGGCGGAGGGCACAGCCGAGUUCGAGCGCAUCAUGAAGGAGGUGUAUGCCACCAAAAUGGACGAGACGCAGGCGAAUCAAAAAAUAUUGGAUAUUGCCGCGCCAGCUGCGGCUGCGGGUGCGGGCGUGGGCGUGGGCGUGGGCGCGGGCAAUGGCACGGGUGGCGGCAGCGGCAAUGGCAGCGGUGCCAGCGGGGGCGCCUCGCCGGACGGACUGGGCGGUGGUGGAGGCGGGGGCGGAGGUGGUUCACCUACAGCGUAUCGUGAGUCGCGCGGACGCAGCAUGGGCGGCGGACCCUUGCGACGGCAAUCGGAGCGCAAACAGGAUCGUUCGCCCUACGGCAGCGGCUCAACGGGCGCCGGCGGUCUGAUCAAUGCGAUGGGCCUGCCCAACAGCAGCAGCACAAGUGGCACCAGCAGCAAUAACAACAACAACAACAACAACAACAAUAACAAUGGCACACAACAGAACCUGUACUUGAGUCCGCCAAUGGACACAAAUUGGCGCCGUUCCAACUCGGACUCGGCGCUGCACCAGAGCGCGGUGGCCGCGGAAGGUGGCUUUGCCACAGACAUGAACUCGCUGCACGCCAACUAUCCACAACUGCAACAGCAGCAGCAACAGCAGCAGCAGCAACAGUCGCCGCACAGUCAACGAUCUCACUCGCCGCAUCAGAUUGGACGCAGCUUUAGUCCGCAGGCGCAAAGGAGAAAGUCGCCGCUGCUGCCGCAUCAGCUGCAGCUGCAGCAGCUGCAACAGCAUCAGCACAACAUGCAGCAGCAGCUGCACAUACACCAACAGCAACAGCCACAAGCACAACAACAGCAGCAGCAGCAGCAGCAGCUACAACAGCAGCAGCAACAGCAACAGCAGCUGCAUCCGUCGCAGCAGCAGCAACAACAACCAACGCCAUACAACAAUGCCAAAUUCGUGAACUCUUUCUUCAGGCCGCUGCAGGAUCAGGCCAGCUAUGCCAAUACCGGCUCCCUGCCCAAUCUCACCGCACUGCAGCACUAUGCAACACCCCAACAGCAGCAGCAGCAACAGUCACAGCAGCAACAGCAGCAGCAGCAACAGUUGCUGCAACAGACGCUGUCGCCGGUCAUGUCGCCGCACAAUCAACGACGCGACCGGGAUCAGUCGCCCAGUCCGUUUAGUCCGGGCGGCGGCGGUGGUCCGCCAUCGCCAUAUCAUCAGCAACAGCACUCGCCAACGUCCGCCGGCGCCGGCAGCACGCCAGUCCAGCCGCCGAGCAGCUCGCCGCACCUAUCGUUCAGUCCGCUGCCAACGUUGGGCGCCAACAAUGGCAGCAGCUCCGCGUCAAUUGUGUCCGGCAAUCUGACCGAUUAUCGCCAGCCAGCCAAUCCGUCUAGUCCGCGCUCCUCGCCCGGCCUGCUCAGCAGCGUCUCCGGCAGCGAACUGCACACCAGCGCACCGGCCAGUCCCAUCCGCAUCCAGCAGCAACAGCAGCAAACGCCGCAGCAGCAGCAGCAACUAUCGGGCGCCUUUGACGCCGCCUACAACAGUCUGAAUCCCUCGUUUCACAAUCACUUUGAGAACUUUUCGCUGGGCGACAGCAACUCGUCGCCGGAGCAGCAGAGUUUUGCCAACAACUUUGUCGCGCUCGACUUUGAUGAUAUGGCGGCGCCCAACGGCAGUAAUGGGCCCUAUCAUAAUCAGGAACAAGCACAAAACAAGCUCUUGGACUUUAGCGAGCUGAGCGCCAGUCCCGAGGCCAGCGCCAACAACAACAACCUUAGACGCAUCAACAACCAACAACAGCAGCAACAACAGCAGCAACAGCAACAACAGCGGCAACAACUGCUCAACAACAACAGCAAUGGUGGGGGCACGGCAGCAACGCACAAUGGCGGACCCAGCCUGAACGGGCCGGAGAGUCAACAUCAGCAGCACCACAACAAUAAUAGCAGCAAUGGCGGGGGCGUGGCUGAGACGCUGGUCGCCUCGCCGGUGCCCUCGCCGCUAGGCUGCCCCAGCUCGCCGCUGCCCAUACCCAUGUCGGCGCAGGCAUCGCCACAGCAGCACCAGCAGCAGCAGCAGCAACAGCAGUUGUCGCUAUCGCUGCACCACUCGCCGCACCACUCACCGAUGCACUCGCCGCACCACUCGAACUCGCCGCUGUCGAGCAGCUCGCCCGUGACCAAUGCCUGCAACUCCAAUAUGAUCAUGAAUCAUCAUCAGCCUCAAACGCACCAUCAUCAUCAGCCUCAACACCACCAACAACAGCAGCAGCAGCAGCAGCACCACCAACAGCAGCACCAUCAGUCGCAUAACCACACGCCCACCACAGCCAAUAUACCCGCUAUUAUAUUUAGCGAUUAUUCGUCGAAUACGGACUUUAAUCGGGAGAUUUUCGAUACGCUCGAUCUGGACUUGGGGCAAAUGGAUGUGGCGGGACUGCAGAUGCUGUCGGAUCAGAGCCCGAUCAUGAUUGCCGAUCCGAGCAUCGAGGAUAGCUUUCGACGCGACCUCAACUGAUACUAUGAGGAGGCUGUUGCGGCCAUCGAGAGCGGCGUGCUGCUCGAGGACACCUACGAGGCGCUGCUGGAUGCCGGCAUUGCCAUGCCACUGCCGUCCUCCAGUUCCGCCGGCAGUUGCCCGGAUGUCCAGCAGCAGGCGGCGGCAGCAGCCGCAGCAGCAGCAGCAGCAGCUAGCGACAAGGACAAGAAGGACUUGGAGGUGGUUGAGCUACUUGUGCCGGGUGUCAUAGAUGAUCUUGUCGACUCCGCCGACUUGGAUGAGGAGGUACGCAAGUUUUUCUUCUAAGUCAAGCCAAGCUAUCGAUGACGAUACACACACACACACCAACAGACACAAACACACACACACAUCGUAGAUGUAAGCUUUGUUAUGCCCAUACUAGUCCUUGUACUCUCGUCCCUGCAAUCGUUGUCCUGCUCAUCCUCAUCCCCAGCUCCCCAAUCCCUGUCAUUCGUUGUGCUUUGUCUAGCUAGCUUGUAAAACUUAGCCGUUAAGUCUACUUGAGAGUCAAACCACAAAAAAA